CCUGCUUGAACAUGAAAAACGCAUUGGGUGACUUUGGGCAAUCGGUCACACUCUCUCAGCCUCAGGGGAAGGCAAUUUAGAGCAAUUUAAAACAAGCAUAGAGCCAGCAGUGGUUUGUAGGGCUAUGACUCUGGAGACCAAGGUUGGAAUCCCUGCUUGAACAUGAAAAACGCAUUGGGUGACUUUGGGCAAUCGGUCACACUCUCUCAGCCUCAGGGAAGGCAAUGCCAAGCCUCCUCUGAACAAACUUGCUAAGAAAGCCCCGUGAUAGGUUUCCCUUAGCAUCGCCAUAAGCUGGCAUUGACUUGAAGGCACACAACAACGCAGCUAACACACACACACACAUGACCAACAAAAGGACAACUAGGAUGGAGCCAUUUUGUCUUCCCAUGGGAGGGAGUUGCAAAGCCCAGGGUCACCACCGAGAAGGCCCUGCCUUGUAUCUUCCCAACUGUGUCCACAAAGAGAGUGGCUUGAAAAGAGGACUUCUCUUGGGGGGGUCCUGGAGUCCGGCAAGCAGACCUGUGUCCGCACCUGGAAGGUGCCCACUCCCCCACGGUGGCAAUGGUUGAGACCCCUGCCAAGAGAAUGGCCCUGGCAGAACCUUGGCUGCUAACAAUGCCCCAGAAGGUUCUAGAAGGGCCAAGGUUGGCAGUUGGAAGCCAAGCACUUGGAGGGCAGAGACUCCAGCCGGAGGACCCUCCCCAAGAUGGCCUACCCCAGCCGAGGGCUGCUGAAAGCAGCCAUGGGGCACUACUUGACAGAGAGCGCCAGGACGGCACUCGAAGCCCUGGAGCCGGAGGAAGACGUGGUGGAUCUGGGCCCCGGGAAACAGAUGCCAACCGUGGGACCCAACCAGAUCCUGGACAUGCCACUUUUCACCAAAAUCCCAUUCCUUCCUGGCUCCAAAACCAUGUUCUACACGACAAACCUAGGAGAAAAGCUGUACCAGCCAUCGGCCACCUUUGACCUGAACGACCCCUAUUGCAAAAUCAUGGCCCCCAAGUACAAAAGCCUCCACGACCCCCACUUGCGCGCCUACUACAAGCGGAAGGACAACCUGCGGAGGCUGAAAAAGGCCGGCUACAUCACCGACAAAAACAAAGUUGUGUGUACUUUGAAGGAGUUCAAUGAAUACAGGCAGUACUUGACCUCUCUCAAGCUGGAGUUUGAGAAACACUACAUCAAAGAGCAAAAAAUGCUGGAGAAGCAGAUAACCAAGCUCCAGGAGCCCAACGUUCUCCCGGAGGGGCUGGACAGCACCAAAUAUCGCGACUGGCUGCUGAAGGAAGAGCGGCCGACCAUCCAGGAGCAGGAGGCCGUGAUGAGGAACAGGUAUUUAGAGUUGAUCAACCAGGAGCUGGAGAAACUGGAGCAGCUGGCGGAAGAGAACCGGCGGCUCUCCUUGGCUCAGGAUGACAAGAAGCAGCAGGGGCUGGAGAAGAGGAAGCAGCUCCUCCUGCGCAAGAAGAUGGAAGAGGAGUGGCGGAGGAAGGAGAUGCUACUCCUGAUGAAAAUCGGGGACGAUGUCAAGCGAGAGGCGAGGAUCGAAGAGCAGCGGCGGAAAAGCAAGGAGGAGAAGCUGAAGAAGAAACAAGCCAUGCUGGAGAAGAAGAUGGCUUACCACCUGAAGAAGAUUCAGGAGAAGUUCCAGAAGGAGGGCUUCCUCCCUCCUGACCAGCUCUUCCGUGUAAAGGCCCCCGAAGACCACGGUCUGCCAGCCAAAAAGCUAGCGUCUCUGGCGAAGAAAAGCAUGGAGCUUCGCAAGAAGCCCCCAGCCUCAGAGAAGAAGCCAAGCGGCCCCCUUGGCGAGAAAGGAGGGGAGCUCCCCAAGGCAGGAGGAAAAGGAAAAGGACAAGGACGAGGAAGAAGAGGCAGUGUGUUGGAGCUGCAAAGCCAGGUGUCCCUUCCCAAAGCCAAGGGGGGCACGAAGGAGUCGCUCACAGUGCUGGUGCCCUCGGCGAGUGGAGAGGCGCCAGUCCCAGACACGUCUGCCCCGUCCUUGGAGCAGGGAAUCGAUCAAAGUGAGAAAGACCCCAGCAAGAGGGAGAGCCAGGACUUGGAGCCAGCAGGAGGACCUCUCCCUUCCAAGACCAGCGGCAGCAAAGGUUCCUUAACCUCCGCCAAGGAGGACGUUUCCAUGGCCAGCAGCACUGUCACCAACAACCUCCCGGCGAUGGAGGCUGGGUCCAGCGUGGCAGAAAACGCCACCGACAAAGUCCUACCCUCAACCUCCAUCGGAACCAUCAGCAACGAGGGGGCAGUCUCCGCUUGCGGAUCCACUGGUUGCGGGAGCAAGACCUCAUGUUGCGGAUCAGCCGGUUGCGGAAGCAAGACGUCUUGUUGCAACAAGUCUUGUUGCGGGUCUGCUGGUUGUGGAAGCAACAAGUCUUGUUGCGGGUCUGCUGGUUGUGGAAGCAACAAGUCUUGCUGUGGGUCGGGCGGCUGCGGAAGCAAGAAGUCUUGCUGUGGGUCAGGCGGCUGCGGAAGCAAAGGCUCUUGUUGUGGGUCUGCUGGGUGCGGAAGCAAGGCCUCCUGCUCUGGCUCUGGUUGUGGCUCCGGAGGGUGUUGCAGCAACGGCAAGUGCUGUGGCUCGGGCGGAUGCGGCAGCAACAACAGCAAAGGAACUGGAGACUAUGAUUCAAGUGGCAGCAGCAAGCAAGGAGCCAGCGGGGGACCCAGCAAGCUCCCAUUCACCUCUUCGGCAGGAGUGGCUGCAUCCCAUCAAAGUCCCAUGAAGCCUUCCACCAAAACAACCAUGCCUUCUGCCAUCGCCACACACACCGUCAGCGAGGCCUCUGGCAAAGGGAAGCAGAAGAAGAAAGCCACCUUAAUGUUUUCCCAGAGUGAGCCAGACUCUCAGCCCAAAGAGAGGAGCUCCGGCAAGAAGAGGCGAGGAGAUAAGCAUAAAAUAGAGCAUUUGACCUCAACAUCCCAGGACAAUGAUUCCGAGUCAUCGUAUUCAGCGUACCUUCAGUGUCUGCUCUCAAAUGCAGACCAGACGGCACUGCGAGAGAGCCUGAAAGGAAAAGUCUCCGUUUCGCAGCUGAACGGCAUCAUCCAGAACAUCAUGACUUGGGUGGUGUCGGCCGUCACAAGUAUCCUCUACCCGGCCCUCACCAAGUUCGAGGAGAGGGUCCGGACGCGGGUCUACACCAUUUCGGAGGAGUCCCUGCUCUCCUCGGACAACUCCAGCAGCUGCAGCACUUGCAACGAGGACUUCUAUGAGGCCUAUGGGACCCUGCCCUCCCUCUCCACCCGCAAGGUCAGCUUCACUGACUCCAGCCUGAAGCCCGCCACCAGCACUCCCAGCGAAUUCCAGGCCACCAGCGGGAAGCCCAACUCCCUGCUCUCUUCCAAGUCGUCCUUCACCUCCUUCACCAAGAGCACCCACCUCUCCUUGGACGGGGACCUCUUCAAAGGGAAGUUCAAGCGAGGGAAGACGGCCAUCUUCUUCUCCCCAGCCAAGCAUGGCGGGAUCCUCUCCACCAGAGCCAGAAUGCAGAGCUCCAAGUCAGACAGCCACAUCUUUGAGAUGGAAAAGGCUCUCUCCGAAGCUGCCGAGAAACCAGUGGCUUUGCACCAUGGCAAACAUGGCAAGAGCGCAGCGUUGAGGGGGCUCUUCCCCAAAUCGGACACCACGACUGCCACCGCUGGUGCCACCACUACUACUGACACAGAAGGACUGCCUCCCACCGGUGGGGACCACAAGCCGCCCCGUGGCCCCUUGGCCCCAAGAGAGACCCUCAACCUGAGGGACCUUAAGUGCAUUUUUGCUGAGCUGAAGCCUCCCUUGUCCAAGAUCACAGCUCUUGUUCUCAAUGACGUUUUUAAGAGGAUCUUGGGGGACCUGGGCUGCACUGCGUCCACCAUCUCGCUCUCAAUGGAGGUCCUCCUGGAGUCCAUCUCUGAGAGCAUCCUGGGCAGCCAUCCCGGCGGCUCCCCUGAGGCCGGAUCCGUCUCCCGGAUUGCCAGUUUUGUCGCCAGCGACCUUGUUGAGAACAUACUGAGCAAACUCCAGGCCACAGCCCAGAAGAAAUAUGUUGAGAUGGUUUCCAGAGAGGAGUUCUCUGCAGAGUGCAGAGCUAUGUAUGCGGUGGCCGCAGGCAAAUGGACAGCCCCAGACCCGGCCUCAUGGAGAGCUCGGGUGCCUUUCUCCUUGGAGUCAACGCAUGGCAUGGCUGAAGAAAUCCUUCAUUUCAUUCUCGACAAACUGAAGGUUUUUGCUCUCUCGAGCCAAACCAAAGUCUCCCAGUUCGAACUCUUUGCCAAGAUAAAAGCUAUCGGCAUUCCUCUCGACCAGUUUUAUGCCGCCAUCCCGCCACAUACCGUGGAGUCUGAAGCCGCAACCUCAAUUGUAAAAGACACAAUCCGGAAGAUCGUUUCCAAGACGGUGGCUUCGUCAGAGACAAACAUCCUCCAGUAUGUGGAAGAGAUGAUUAGCAGCAUCCUCAGCUACAUCCAGAGGCAACUGAGUCCCGAAGGAAGCCUUCCAACCCGAGAGAGUUCAAUUAUCCUCCAGAUCAUUAACGAUGUCUUCAACAACUUAAGCACAGAAAACCUCAGGGGGAUUUUUCCAGCAGCAAAACCCAAAAUGCAAGGAGAGGCUGGAAGCCACGAACCUCCUGUUGUUCCUGAUGCAAAAGGAACAACGGUGACCACCACAACCCUCUUUUCAGCAGAGAAACGGAUGAAGACUCCACUCUCUCCUGUGAACGUCCCUGGGAUGGUCAUUUAUUCGGAAGCAGAAGUCAAGGGGAAAGAGAAGAAGGAACCCGAUGGGACAUUAUCCUCUGUCAACAAGGAAUGCAAAGUCUUGGUCACGGAAGAGGCUCAGGACAAAGUCAGAUAUGAAAGUUUUGGCCUUGAGACCCGAGAGAGGAGCAGGUCACACCCAAAGCCGGUCGUCCAAGGAGAAGAGGGAUUUCUGGACAAAGACAGGAAGGUGGAACCAAGUCAUUUGGACAAAACCGAAAGGACUCUGGAUAAUUUUGUGCAGGAAGCCAUCUUUUGUUCUGUGGAAGGCCACCAGACAGUGACACGUCCUGCUGACCCCAAGUCCGGAGAUUGGACUUUAGAGAAGGCCUUGAAGAAACUGGAGGAAGACUUCAAGGAGGAAGAACGGUCUCCCAUCAUCCCGAUUGUGCGGAAACUCCUAAACGAAAUGUUCCAGCAUGUUUGGGUGGAGCAGCCCAUCUGGCCCCCCAAAACACCCCCUUGCUCCCUUGCCCACCUAGGCCUCAGCCGGCAACCAUUGGAAGGGCAGCCGGCCUUCAAAGGCCCACAGGCUCCCGUCUCAGAGGCGGACGUCAGUGCCUUUGCCAGCGAUCUGGUGAAGACAGCGUUCCAGACGAUCUCCCGUGCCACACAAACAGACCCUCAAGAUGCCAUCAGCAGGCAUCCCAACCUCGUGAUCACUGACAUCCUCCCUCUCAAAAUCCCCGGAGAGGCGGGCAAAGCUCUCCCGACAGUCCACUUCAAGGACCCAGAGACAGGUGCGGAGCCAGGAGGGCAGCCGCAAGGAGAAGCAGAGGCCCCUGCCAAAGAUGCUACUGAAGAGGCAACCAAGGAGCAAACCCUUUCCUCCAGACCAGACCUAGUGAGCGAUCUGGUGCAGACCUUCAUGACCAAGCUGGAGUGUUUUGUCACUUCCAAAGUGGAAUCUCAGUUGUGCUUGGAUGUGCAAAACCUGAAGACUUCUAUGAGUUCGGACUUCUCCUCGACCAUUCACCAGGAGCUGAGACGAAUCCUGGCGAGCCCACAAGGCUGUUUCCCCAGCUGCCUAGAAGAUAUCCUCAAUGCCUGUGGCAGUUCCACACUCACCGAGAAGGAAAAGGGCGAACACGGGCUGCCAUUGUCGUAUUCGCAGUUGAAAUCCUACGCCCAGGAAGUGGCCCGGAUGUUGCUGAAAACCCUAAAGCAGGGGUUGGAUAGAGAGGUGGAGAAGAUCCCAACCCCGCCGGUUGUCUUCUCCGAGAGCAUUGCCGCUAGCCAGAUUGUCACCAUGGUUUUCACUGUCAUUGCUCCCCGUGAAUAUGAGUGCGAAGAGGGUUUUCCACGGGGCUUGCCAUGCAAAGAGAGCGUGCUGGAAAAACUCCUCCGGAAGAAUGCUACCUACAAGAGAGAGCUCCAGAUCCAGAUCCAGAACACUGUUGAAACCUUUUUGAAUGAAAUUUACCAGACCAUCAUGCUAGAGGUGGGUGGCCCUUCCUCAGCCAGGCCAGAGGGCUCUCAGGUUUCUAAGGAGACCGAUGACAGUACCUCAGCAGUUCUUUCCAAGCCCACGGUGGUGAAGUCAGACGUUUCGGUGGUUUCGAGCGACUUGGUGGAUAUCGUGCUCAAAGACCUGAGUUCUGGUCUGGCGGCUGCCUUGCAUAAGAAGGGCCCUCUCUCCACCCGGCUCCAGUCUCUCCUCUUUGAACUCAUCCAGAGGACCGUGGAGCCUUUCACACCCAAGGCUGGGCACAAAAGCCGCUUUCCAGACUUCGAGAGUGGGAGAUGCCAAGUCUCGGGACGGUUGAAAGGCGAUAGUAGAAUAAAAAUGGGUGAGGAUGGUACUAAUCAGAUUCCUGAGCUGAAAGACUUCUCCCCCGAAGGUAUUACCAAAUACUUGGUGGACAACAUUGUCCUGAGGCUGGAGAAGUUUGCCCAGGAGAAAGUGGAAAUGGAACUGGCUCUGGCCAUCCAGCAGCAGGAGACUCAUGCCAACUACGGCCAGAGAGCCAAACUGGCCGUCCAGGACUCCCAGUCCAAUCUCAGGCUGUGUGCCGAGAAGCUGACCUGCACCAUUCUGAAAGUCAUCCAGAAGGACCUCGAGCGGGAGAUGCUCUCCUGCCAGAACAUCAUCCCCUACGAAGAAAACGCUUCUGCCAACGAAGUCAUGAACGACCUUCUCAAGAUCUUGUCUGUCCAAAUAGCCUUGACAGAAAACGAGGUUCACAAGAGGGUUCUGCAAAGGAUUUUUAGGAGGCAGCCGGCAGGACAGAGAGGGAGGUUCCCACUGAUGGCGAGAGUGGAAGAUGUCCUCAAUCAGGUCACCCAGAGGAUCAUGGGAGAUCUGGGGCACUUGCCGUCUUUCAACAACGAAUCCAUAUUUAUUGGUUCGGAAACCAGGUCCUCGCGCUAUCACGCUUUGGCGGAAGCAUCCUCCCAGGGAAACACAGGCCACGUUGCCGGAGAGAUUGUGGACGGUGUCCUUAGCAAGAUGUAUUCCGUUGUUGUGGACACCCUCUUUAGCUCCAGUGAGUCAAAGUCAGAUCCGGGCAGUUCCAGCAGUGACCGAGGCCUCUUGUUCACUGACCUCAUGGGGAAAUCUGACCUCCAGAAGAUGACUCUGGCCGUGUCACAACUCCACCCGGCUCCACAGUCCUUGGGCGAAGAACUGGUUCAGACCGUGUUGAACAAAAUUGCCUGUUUUGCCGCUUCCAAUUUGGAAGAGUUCCUUCCCUUGCAGACCCAACCAAGGCGGAGGAUGCACAUGUCACUUCAGUAUGACUUGCAAGGCGGUGAUGCUGCUGCGAUGUGCAGGCCAAAAGUGUUCUCCGACGACUCCGAAACGUCCCUCAUGAAAGUAAACCUGUCCAAAUCUGACUUGACCAUCUACGCCAAAGAGGUGGUGAGCAAAGUGUUGGGAAACAUCAUCGAUGAGUUCAAAAUGGAAGAUUACCACAGAACCAUACUGCGAGUCAACACUUUGUCCUCGGAACAGAUUUCCAUCGCGAGUGACCUGGUCCACUCCAUCGUGCAAGACCUCCACAUCACCAAACACAGCAAAGCCGAUGGCCUUUCUUCCACCCAGGUGUACUUCCAGUUUGAGUCAUCCUUGAAGGGAAAGCCCAAGUCCCUGUUUUACGAGGAUUUCUCCUCCUUCCUGAAGCAAGUGCUUCCAAAGGAAGGCAUUUUAAGGGAAAUAUUUGAGCAGCAGCCCCUGACUGACGCAAAUAUAAACGAGAGCCUGAAAAUGCUGCAGGUGGCUGAGAAUAUCGUCAGCGAGGUUUUCAUGAGGACCCGAGACCUGGAGUCGUCUGUUUCUAUCCUGAAAAGGACCCCAGGGGAACUCGGUGAGAAACUGUUCUGCUACAGCUUCAAGCGGGGCGAGGGUCCCGGACUCUUUCACAGCGAUUCCCAAGCAGAGAUCGGCUCGGUGGCGAGAGACAUUGUGGCAAGUGUGUUCGAAAACGUGCACAAGUGCCUCAUCUGCAGCAUUCCCGCUCGCCCAGAAAGGGAAUGUUUCCCUCCAAGGAAAGAGCAGGACAGGGCCAAAGGGUCUGUGAAAAUCAAGCAUCGCUUCACCCAGCCCGAAUUUCCUUUUUACAAUGUUUCCCUGAAAGGCGCUAUGGACAUGAUUGACAAAAUAGCUAAAGACGCCGUCGAGUGUGUCGUCCUCAUGCUGGAGACAUUUGUCAUCCGGCAUUUCAGACGAGAUUUCAAAUGCAACUUUUUGGAAAUAGUGAAAUUUCCGCUCGAAAGCCUUUCUUUUGCCCAGCUGACGCGGUCUUUAGAUUCCCUCUCGAACCAUGUGGGAAACGUGGCAGAGACCACCAUGGAGGCCUUCAGGGGUAAGCUGCAAGGGGGAUCAGGGAGGGAGGCACUGCCCACCUUGGGAUCGUCCCCCAAUUUCAUGGACUUUUCCAAACUUGGGGGCGCCAUCACCAGGGAGUGCAUCGAAACCGCCAUCCGGCAGGUGCAGAUGCUCCACUCCGAGCUGAGCGUCUAUGCCAACAACGCCGUCAGCGGCAUCCUUGAAAUCAUCAAGCACACCUUGGACCGAGAGCUGACCCAUAAGGAGGCCACGCUCUUCAGCAGCUCCUCCGACAGCCUUGUCCUGAGCGAGACCAUCAGCGCCAUGUUGGAUCGCUGCAACGAGAGCCUGACCGAAAUCACCUCGGAGCUAAUGGUGGAGAACCUCCAGCUGGAAAUGUCUGGGCGGACAUUUGCCAAAGAGAAGAGCCUCAUCCAGGACUUGGUGGCCUCCCCAGCAGUAAAAACAACAUCCAAGAAAUACAGAAGGGUCGACCUGAGGGACAGCUUUCCUCCCAUCAAUGUACCUGGCAUGGUGAUCUACUCAGAGGAGGAAGCUGAGGUGCAGGAAGAAACCCCCUCCAAGUUUCCCUCCGUGUGGGAUGCCCAUGCGGCACCAGAGAGGGGCAGAGGUGUGCCCCUUUCCUCAUCGACGCCCCGGUCAAGACCUCCCGCAAGACGUAGGCAGGAGAGGAGUUUGAGCAAAUACCGAGUAGAUUUCCUGGAGGAUGACUGGCUUCCCAGGGAAAGGUCUAUCCCUGAGGGGAGCAUUUUGGAAAAGCUGUUUAAGAAAACAGCUGAAUCUGAAGUUGGCCACAGACUCACCAAAACAGAGCCACAGAGCAAAGCUGCCUCGCUCUCCCAGGCUGAGCCCAUCGGAAGGGGGCUUCCAUUCCACGUCCCAGAGGGUAUCUGCUAUUCCGCCAUCUGUCCUCUGAAGCUGGGCCAGACCGCCGAAAUGAUCGUCGACACCCUCCUCUGUGAGUUUGGGCUGGACAAUGGGGCCAUGACGGUGCAGAGCAAUGUCUGUGAGAGAUUUUGUUCCCGUUCCCCAACGAAGGAGAAGGGUCCCCAUGGCAAUUCAGCCUCCUCAGCCGCCAUGCUUGUGGACAUAAAGAAGCAUAGGUCGAGUUUACUCAGCCGCUGGGAGAAAAAGAUGAGCGACUCCAGUGAGAGGACCACCAUGGAUGAGAGCAGCCUCCUGUCCAAGUGGGAGAGCAAGCAUUGUAUCUUCAGGCCCAAGAGUCCAGAGCGGCUGAAGGAGAUGGAGCUGCUGGCUUGCUCACACGUCCCAGACCCAUGCGAGAUCCACCUUCUGGCCAACCACAUCGUCCUGAGCGUCAUCAAAGAGCUCAUUUUCUUCCAGCCCAAAGAUGUGUUGGAUGAGAAGGUGCCUGCGUGGAAACAGGAGCUGCUCCAGUCAGAGUCCAAGUGGCUGCAGGAGCGGAUCUGGCGGAGUACCUACCUGCCCUCCGUCCGGCGGCAGUCCUCCUGCCUGGAGAUGUUUUGGGAGCCGCUGACCCUGGCGGUCGUCUCCAACGUCCUUGUGAGCAUCUCCCAUCCCAACACCCGGCACAGUCCCCGGGCCAGGAGCAGAUUGUUCGACAGCUCCCUCUCCAUGUUCUGCUCUGUGGAUGCUGGCUGCCCCGAACAUGAGCUUAAGGGCUCCUCCAGAAGCUUCCCACUCAACAUCGAGGAGCUGGCCUUCCACAUCUCAGAGGUGAUCGUCAGCCUCCUGUGCGAGCGCCACGUCUUGCAUGAGGGCGUCAAAAAGAAAGGCUGCAGGGCCAAGAGGACCCGGUACAUCUACGUCCCACCUCUCUGCUUGGCUGACUUUGACAAUGUCUAUCAUCCGCUGGUCAAGGAGGUCAGCAACCUCCUGUCUCUGGAGAUCCAGGUGAGAGGCAAAAUGGCGGGCGAAGGAAGGCCAGGAGACUUCUCUCAGCUCCAGCAGCCCUUCACGUCUCCCCGUUGCUUCAGCCGAGCGUCCCGCGGUGACUGUCGAAGCCCUGGGGACCUCAAAGGGGCGGCCUGCCUGUCUGUCUUGGGGCAGAUGGUUCACAAGAACCAGCGGCUCAGUUCUGUGGCCACCAACUUGGACAACUUCAUCCGCAGCCUGAAGAGCACCGAGGCCAAACACCUUGUCAACAAGGUCUUGCACAUCAUCCUGGACUCCUUGUGGCCUGAGCAGUCCCCGGGAGGCUUCCCGGAUGCCCAGUACCAGAACAUGAUGUCAUACCAAGAGGCAGGUCUGCCCACCAAGGGGCCACUUUCUUGUUCCUCCAUGUGCCCACAUGCCUACAAGCUCAGUGAUGGCGUGACGAGCGGCAACCUGGGGCUGUCCCCAAAAUCAGUCGUCCUCUUGGACAUUGUGAGUGAAAAGCUGAUCCGGACCCUCUUGGACAAAUGCCUCAUGACCGAGCAUUUCACUGGCACCUUUGCCUUCGAUGAGUUCCCAGAGGAUGAGCAAAUCGGUAAUAUCCAGAAGUGUGUUAGUGAUGAGGAUCUCCUCCAAUAUUCCAGAAGAGAGAUGCAAUCCUAUGACGCUGAUGCCAGCUCCUCCGUCUUCACAUAUGACAUUAAGUACACAGAGGAGCCAGGGGUGGGGGUUGAGUCUGGCGUUUCUUCCUAUGACUCGGCCCUCGACCUCUUAGCUCACACCUUGGUCAAGCCCGUGAUGACCGAGCUUUCCCUCAGCAUUGAGUCUCCGGGGCAUUUCAGGCCCUCCUCCAGAAAGUCAGUAGGUUUCUCCCAAACCGGCUCUAGAAAGCCACGUGGGCAAACCUUUGGCAGAAAGCACACGCGCCAUAGUAGAAGUGAAGGUUACUCCUCUUUGCCCCGAGGGAGGAAGCCUGAGCAAAGUGGCUCCUUGCAAGCAAGACGCCAAAGCCGCAGGAGUUCCCAGGAGAGGAACAAGACGGUCCUGGAAACAGCGAUACAACACAGGGCCUUCAUGUCCAGACCGCCUGCACACACCAGCGGCCGGCCAACAGCACGAACGACCUGCACAAAGAAGACUUACCGGAGAGAAGUGGUGACCAUGAGUGGACGCGGUGACCACCGUCAGCGCUCCCCAGCCUUCUCUUCCCUCUAUUCUCCAUUGUUCCUGGAAGAGGUUGUUUCUCAGUUCUUGAUCAAGAUAUUUUCUUCACUCCAGAGCCGAUACGACAGAGAAACCUGUAUGAGCCUGAAGGAGAUGAACGUGUUGUUUGUGAACACCUUGGUGGAGGAGUUCAGGAAAGCAGGUGUCGGGGUCGUGCGGAGGGCCGAGGAGAAGACGUAUUUCCCCCAGGUGGACAGCCACUUGGUCGACAGGAUCACAGACUCCAUUUUAAGGGAGUUUGGGUUCCAGCUAGCUGCUGACACAGACUUUGGAAGCAGUGUGGAGAUGAUGGCUGAGCUGGCGGCGGAAAUCAUCCUGACGGAAAUCCUGGAUUACCAGCUGCCACCGCUGGUGUGCCGGAAGCUGCCCUCGGCUGCCUGCAAAAAUAUAAAACCAGAACGGAUCCUCCAGCGCAUCGAGCACUGCAUCUGUUUCCCCAAAUCCUCCAAGAAGAGGCCACCACCACCGACAUACAUCACUGUCUUGUCCCAGAAGUAUUUAGAAAGGGUGGUGAACCGGCUCCUGGCCCAGCUCUUCCCGGAGCCGCAGGGAACCCCUCAGAAGCAGGAGAGGAGGCAGUUGCCGGGAGAAGAUUUUGAUGAGCUUUGCUCCUACAUGAUCAACGAAGUGAUGAAGUCCAUUUCGAAGCACAAGAUCUGGGUGGCCAAAAAGGACGACAGGUGUCGCUUGCAAUCAGAGAAAGAAAUCCAGAGCAUGGUUGAUUCCGUUUACAAAAACAUGCUGAAGAAGUCCGGCACACAGCUGUCUAUUCAGAAAGAGGUGAAGUCCCGCGAUGCGGCUUUUGUCGACAAGAUUACGAGCUUCAUAAUUCAAGAAAUUACAAAACAUCAUCUCCAGACGUUCCUUUCCAAAGACCAACUGGCUUCAGUGGGUCCUGACCCCGAAGCUUUGUCUGAGAACAUCGUCAGCACGGUUCUGGAUAGCAUCAAUGAGCCCUCGACAUCCCAGGCGGAGGUCUUCCCAGCAAAGUUCUUAGAAGAGAUUGUUUCCAAAGUCUUGUCCAAAGUCUUGGGUGCUUUUGGAGAGAGAAAGGACACUGCCAAAGGUCAACAGGAAGUAGACCUUGCCCAGGUGGCAAAGAGAUUGGCCAGUUCCAUCAACUUGCGGUUUGGCCGAGCUGCGCUGACCGAGGGGCCGAGAGGAGCGGAUCAGAGCCUGGGAGGCCCCCUGACUGACAUCAUGGACGACGUGGUUGACUCUGUUUGCAACAAAAUAUCGAGAGAAAUAGAGGGGAUCCCAGGGGGAGAUCUCAUCUACGCAGGUGAAGGCGCCCUCCUCGAAAAUGUCAAGAGACUGGUGGAGAAAUGCAUCGCUGACUACCUCCUCCACCCGCUGUUUUCUGGAGAUGUGUUCAAGCCGUCGCCUCCAUCGUAUGAGAGUGCCACCAAAAUUGCUAGAGAGCUGGCUGAGGAAAACGAGAGCUCUUCACCAUUUAGCACUUUCUUGUCAUCAGGAUUCCUGAAAGAUUUGAUCACCGGGCUGUUAUCCAAAAUCUUCCCUUCUGCGCCAUGCAGAGAUACCGCCUCUCCUUGGGAGAAAAGGCUGCCCUCGGAAGCGGACCUCAACAAGCUCUCCACCCAGUUGCUUGACGACGUCCGGAUGAAACUUCUCAAGCACGAAAUCCGGGUGACCAGAGACGCCCCCCCAGGUCAGUAUGAAUACUCAGAGGAAGACGUCCAGAACAUGACCGAUUCCCUGUGCCAGAAGAUCAUACAGAGGUCCGGCUCCCUCGAAGCUGUCCAGAAAGAAGUCAGAAAUAAGAGCAAUGCUCUGAUUGACUGGAUCGCAGGCUUCCUCGUGGGAGACAUCCUCCAGCAGCAUGUCCAGCCCUUCGUGGGCAGAGACGAGGCUCCUCCUUGGGACAGGGCUGCCGCAGGGGACUCAACGGGAGGGCUAGAGAUUUACCGGACGUCCAUUAAGCCUCACAAUCUGACAGAGGCAGGAGGGGCGUCUGCCUCUUCUUUACUCGGAGACAUCAUCUCUGAAUUGUUGUCCAAGCUCUCCUCUACUUUGAUGGACAUCCCUCUCAGCGCCUCUGGCAAUGACAGCGGUGACACGGCCGUGAGAUUAGCCCAGUCGCUUACGAAAGAGCUCAUGAAAGCCGGGCUCAGUGUCCGGGAAGGUCCAGAAGAGCAGCUGGGAUCCGCUCCUCCUCCUCAUCCCUUGGAGGACAAAAGCUUGGCAGAUUGGCGUUUGCCUGGCAAGGGCCCAAUACAAGGAUGGCCAUCCAAGGAGCAUACAGAUGAGGGGCAGGAUGCAUCGCUUCAGCAAACUGCCACUGUCAUCAUUGAAGAAGCGGUGGACCACCUCCUUCAGUCAACAUGUCCGUCAAACAUGACGGAAGCAAGGUGUCUCAUUCAGGACAAAAUGGUGGAAGAGCUGGAUGGUCCUGAGACGAGGCCUCCUGCAGCCUAUACCACCGUUCUCUCAUACUCAGUCAUAGAGGCUAUUGUUGAGAAGGUCCUCUCCCGGAUCUUCCCAGCACCAUCUGGCACUGUUCCUUGCCCAAGUCCAGAGGACAGACCUCUCGGCUCUGACUGGCAGGACAGAGUUGCCGAAAUCAAGAGAGCCAUUAUGGAGAUGGUUUUGAAACAGGCCAUCUGGACCAGCAUGUAUGGUGACAAAAAGGAAACAGGCAUUGCGGAAGAGGCUGUAGGAGAGAUGGUGGAGUCCGUCUACUGCGAUGUUCUCCAUGAAGUCCUGCUACGCCAGCCCUUCCCGGAGGACCGGGAGACCCUGAGCAAUCUCUACAUCACGCAGAUCGCUUGCUUCAUCCUUAAUGAAAUGUUCAAGUACCACCUCCAGUCUCUCGGCCCGGAAGGGCCACUUUCUUAUGGAGACUCCUGCCUGACCGUCUUCCCUUGCCAGCUCUUGGAAGACAUACUGAACCAACUGCUGGACAAGAUAUUCCCAAACCCAGAGACUGUCGCCACCUACAUUGGAAAACAGACAGACUUCUCUGAGUCCGACUUCAUUGAGAUGGCCAUGAACAUGAAAAGUUACGUCGUCACAGAGAUUUUGGCUCAUGAGAUCAAGCUGGAAAACCUCCCGGAGCGUGUCCCAGACAUGGACCACGAAACAGAGGAGGACAUUGCCAGUUCCGUGUACAACCAGGUUUUGCAGAAGUAUCCAUCCCUCGGGGACCUGCAAAAUGCUCUCGCACAGCCAGGGAAUGGCAGCAUCUGCCAAGUUGCCAAUUCACUGAUGAGAGAAAUUCUCAACUUCCAUCUCCACCCAUUUUUGAGUGACAGCAAUUCCUCCAACAAUGAAUGCACAAAAUGGCAGACAGAAAGGCAGCUGUAUUCACGACGCAUCUAUCCUGCCUUGUUUUUAGAGGACAUUGUUGUGGCUUUCUUUUGCAAAAUCUUGUCCUCCCCACAUUUUCUGACAUACUCCAAAGACUCUGGUUUAUCAGAAUGCAGGAUGAGAGAUCUGAUUAUUCAACUAGUCAAUGCUUUGGUUGCUGAAUUUAAAAUAUCCGAAGUCAAAGUCAUCCAGAGUAUGGAGGAAGACUCUUCCUUUCCCCAGAUAGCUCCUGAAAUAGUGGUUGAAAUCAGCAACUCCAUUUAUGAGAAGCUACAGCAGCAAUUUGGGUCCGAGCUUGAGAUUUUUAAUGCUUUCCAGAACAACAUCCACAUGUUAGCAGGAAAACUCGCCCCUUUAAUGAUAAGAGAAAUCUCUGGAUACCAGUUGCUGCCUUUGUUUACUGGGGACACUUCUCCUUACCUGUUCUCAUUUCUGGAAGCGGAGACCAUCAUGGACCGAGUCGAAACCAUCCUACCAGAAACCACGUCCUCCCGCUCUGUCUUUGGAGAGAUGUUUGUCAAGAUCUUACGCAGAAUAUUCCCGUCAUGGAUGUCUGGGGACUCAGUGGAGGCUCCCGAUGGUACAUCUCUGGGUGACAUGACAAAGAGGUCUCUCCCCACUAUGCCUGCAAAGGAGGAAGCUGGUCCUGAUGCCAACAGAAGCAUCCAGAGCCUCAUGGAAAACAUUUACAAAACGGUCUGCGUGAAAUCCGGGUCUCCAAACAGAAAGUACGAAGACACCACUGAGGAAUGUGCAGGAUUCCUCCCUAAGAAGAGGCAGGAUGACCAGCCUCCCAGGUCCCACUCUCCCCCCGGCCGCUCUCAUCCUUCCUCCACCAUCAUUGCAGAAACUGCUGCUUGGACAAUCCACCAUGUGAAGCUGGGAGAAGGACAGUCCCAGCCAAUGCCGGUCAAAGACGGGGGAGACAUUUAUUCAUCUUCCUUCUUGAAGGACGUCUUCAGCGGACUAGUCAGCAAGUUGCUUUCGUCAGCCACUGACGUAUGCACACCGGAGAAAACGGAGCCGGAAGCUGAGCCUCCGGUCGAAAAUUUAGUGGAAUCCAUACUCACGGAAUUUGCCAAAUCUCCGGUGAAGGUCUUGCAGAUCCCUAAAGAAGGGCAGACGCCCCCAGAUGUAGGGAAAACAGAAGUGGCAAAAAUUAUCCAUGGUUCUUUGUGUGACAUCUUGCAAGAUCAGGGUCUGGGAGUCCCAUUCGGUACCGACAAGGAGAGCCUGAACAACUUAGCCGAGCGUUUAGCCUGUGCAAUAAAGAAAGAAAUUUUGGGCUACCAGAUUCAGCAAGGCCCAGCAAAGACCACGCAGGAGCCGACGUCAAAGCCUUUUGAGUCUGGAGAGAUGGCGAAAACGGUGUUGAUGGAGGUGAAGAAAAUCCGUAUGCCCUCCCCAACCUCUAAACCUCACCCGCUCCUAGUGUCUCAGAAGUUUAUCCAUGAUGUUCUCGCAUUCCUUCUGUCCAAAAUCCUCCCUCUGCCCACAGACGCCUCAACCUCCUCUGACACCGAAGACCAGUGCGCAGAGUUUGAUUUCAUUCACAUGAAGCUCCUGAGCAAAGUGAUGGCAGAACUUGACCAGGAUGAGAACACCGAGGUCCAGUACCUCGACCAGGUGCAGCCCAACCGCGUUGUGAGCCAAACCGUGGCCAACUCCGUCUACAACGAUCUGUUGCCAGAAUUCGGGACCCCGUCGACGAUUGAGAAGUGCAUCAAAGCCGGCUGCACAAUCCUUUUGGGGAGGAUCUCUGACAUUGUGAUCAAAGAGAUUUCUGGGAAUAAGAUGCAGACGUACUUUUCAGAAGAGCAAAGCCGGCAGGAGGAGGCCGUUGAAGCCGAGAGAGAGAUGGAGCGCCGGUAUGGACCUGGUCCUGAGCCACCGGAAGGUGUGGCCCCCUUGCGAUCCCACCUCAAAGGGUUGUCGUCCAUCAUCUUAGAGGAGGUGGCUGCUAAAUUCCUCUCAAAAAUGUUCCACUCCCUUUCUUUGGACGAGGUGGAGGAAAGCAGCCUGGCUGCGGUGAAGGAAGUGGCCAAGAAGAUCAUCAGCUCCUUGCAAGGGCUCAUUUCGAAGAACAAGCUCCAAGUCUGGCAGAACGACGAAGAGGAAGACUUAGACUCAGAAGACAGCCGAGCCGUUGGGGAGGUUGUGGACUCCGUCUACACGGACAUCAUGAAAAAUUCCAGCUCAGAGACCUCUCUGUAUGAAGAUCUGACUAGCAAGAACGAGGACCUCAUCAACAGAGUGGCUUGCUUCAUGGUGAGUGAAAUUUCCAAGCGGGACUUCCAGUCGGGCUCCGAGUCAGAGGAGGACUUUCCCCGCUCGGACCCAGACAUAAAGCUGCAAUCGGACAAGAUUAUCCAGAAAUUCCUCAAUGACGUAGAGAUAGAAAAAGCCAAGAAGGAGACUGCUGAGGCGCCAACUCCUGUGGUGUCGGUGGCUUUCCUGGAGGAGAUCCUCAGCCGCUUCCUGACCACCAUCCUCCUUGAACAGUACGAUUUGGGAAUCCACGAGAAAAACAGCCUGUCCAAAACGGACGUGAACGAAAUCGCCUCCCUGCUGAAGACGUCGGUGGAGAAAGAGAUGUCAAAGAACAAAAUUGGCCUGGUGGCUUCGGGUGAGAACCAGCUGGAGCUGGACCCGCAGUACGAGGAUGUGGUCAACCAGGUCGUCCACGCGGUCAUCAGUAACGUCAUGGAGAAAUCUGGCUCCCAGCAGGAGCUGUACAAUGACAUGACCACCAACCAAGUCAUCUUCCCGGAGCAGGUGGCCAGCAUCAUCAUCAAUGAGAUCUCCAGCUGCAACAUGGGCAAUCCUCCAGGCGAAUACGCCGAAAGCGAGACCUGCAGUGCCUUGGAGCUGGACCGCAUCGUCAGCAAGGUCAUCGCUCAGGUCAGCAGCCACAUGGACCCCGACGAGGAAGAGUCCUUCCUCAUGCUGCACACCCUCCCUGAGUUGCCAGAGGAAGCCACUCCGGAGGUCCUGCAUCAAUCCAGCGAGCUGCCGAAGAUCAUCCCCUACAUCGGCCACCGGCCCUUGAAGAUCGAUCCGGACAUCAUUUCGGACCACUUGGCCGUGCUGUCCAUCAAGACGGAACCCCUGGAGAAGCUGAAGAAGACCUGCUUGUCCAGGAUUGGCAUCAGCCUGACAGAACUGAGGCGGGCCUCAGCCUCUGGCAAGAGCAUCACACAUGACCUGGGCAUCCAUGAGGUCGCGGAGGUCCACCAAAGGAAGGAGAGGCGCCCCUCCUUGGACAUGGCUGGACGCCUCGGGGUGAGGCCCAAGGAGGCUGUCUGCAGAAACUCCUUCCAAAGCCUGAUGAAGCCGGACAUCACAAAGGUGGAGCUCUUGAAAGAUGUGGAGAGCAAGCAAGACCUCAUUGUGCGCCUUGUUGCGCAUGACAUCGAUGAGGACGAGAUCCACAGGAGCUGGGCCGAGGAAAGCGACAGCGAUGAAGAGGAGCAGGUCUUGACGGAGCAGCGCUCGUUCUUCUUUGAGGUUCCCCCUUUCACCGUACGGCCCAACACUAAGCCCUCAGCCUCCUCCAGCGAGCCUCUCUUGACAAAGACGUCCAGCAGCAGCAGCCAGAGAAAGGGUUUGAUUGAAUCUGGGGACAGCCUUGGCCCUGCCAAAGAAAGGAAAGAGUUCUUCGGCUCCUCAGCGGUCAUGUAUGAGCCCAUGGCUGGCCCCAUACCAGAGGCUACAGAAGAGGCCUCUACGCCCAGCUCCUUCUCCGUCUCACCCGGCUCAGACACUAAAGUGAUGGAGACUCUGGCUGUCCCAAGCCAAGAGAAGUCGCUGGAAAAAGUGGUCGUUGGCAUGCAUCUCUCCCGGGACACAGAGGAGACUGGCGCCUCCUUUGAGAUCACCUCCGUCUACCAGGACAAAAACAUCAAGGAGCCUGUCUCCGAAGAGCACUCAGAAGUUGAAGACGGGAAGGUCAUUGCGGUCACCAGCUCAGAGGUGGCCAUGCCCCCGCGCCGCUCCUCCGUCUUCGACAAGGUCUCCAGCGCCCUGUCCAAAGUGUUCUCCCGGACGUCCACCAGCGUGGCCCAGUCUUCAUCCGUGUCCAGCCAAGAGAAGGCUGCCAAGGAGUAGCCCCCCCCCCCCCAGAGUUUCUUCUUCUUUAUA